ACCCGCCCCGCCGAGGCCGGGGGGUAUGGGGCUCACAGAGCCGGGUAGGCCCGUCCUGGAGCGGGGUGUCGGGCUGGGCCCGAGGGGACGGUGAGAGGAAAGACACCUGUGGUCCUAGUCCUGGCUGGGGUGAGUGAGACUUCCGUGCCCCUAAUACUUCAUCGGGGCGAUGUUCUGUCAUCAUUAAUUGGGAAGGCGAGAGGUGGCAGCCGAGUAAAACUCCGUGCGGGAAAAAACUCCUUGGAUUUGACUGGCAUAGAGUCCAUGGACCAAUGUCGCCACACACUGGAGCAGCACAACUGGAACAUAGAGGCAGCUGUGCAGGACCGACUGAAUGAGCAAGAGGGUGUCCCAAGUGUCUUUAAUCCUCCUCCACUGCGGCAGUUGCAGGUCAAUACAGCUGACCACAGGAUCUACAGCUACGUUGUCUCAAGGCCACAGCCAAGGGGCCUGUUAGGAUGGGGUUACUACUUCAUAAUGCUUCCAUUCCGAUUUACCUAUUACACAUUACUUGAUAUAUUUAGGUUUGCUAUGCGUUUUAUACGCCCUGAUCCUCGUAGUCGUGUCACCGACCCAGUGGGUGACAUUAUUUCAUUUAUUCAUAUGUUUGAGGAGAAAUAUGGGAGGAUACACCCUGUCUUCUACCAGGGAACUUACAGCCAGGCACUGAACGAUGCCAAGCGGGAGCUGCGCUUCCUGUUGGUUUAUCUUCAUGGAGAUGACCACCAAGACACAGAUGAGUUCUGCCGCAAUACACUGUGUGCUCCUGAGGUCAUCACCCUCAUCAACACUAGAAUGCUCUUCUGGGCUUGCUCAACCAAUAAACCAGAGGGAUACAGAGUGUCCCAGGCUCUGCGGGAGAACACGUACCCGUUCCUGGCCGUGAUCAUGCUCAAGGACCGCAGGAUGACCGUGGUUGGGCGGCUGGAAGGUCUCAUCCAGGCUGAUGACCUCAUCAAUCAGCUCAUGUUCAUCAUGGAUGCCAACCAGACAUACCUGGUGUCCGAGCGCCUGGAAAGUUGUGUUUUCAGGGAAGAGAGGAACCAAACCCAAGUCCUGAGGCAGCAGCAGGACGAGGCAUAUCUGGCAUCCUUGCGUGCGGACCAGGAAAAGGAGCGCAAGAGGAAGGAGGAAAGGGAGAGGAAGAAGAAGAAGGAGGAGGAAGUGCAGCAGCAAAAACUGGCAGAGGAGAGGCGGCGGCAGACACUGCAGGAGGAGAAGGAGAGGAGGUCAGAAUGCCUCCCUCCAGAACCACAUCCUGACGACCCAGAGAGCGUUAAGAUAAUUUUCAAGCUGCCUAACGAUUCCAGAGUGGAGCGGCGAUUCCACUUCACACAGUCAUUGACGGUGAUCCACGACUUCCUGUUCUCCUUGAAAGAAAGCCCUGAGAAGUUCCAGAUCGAGGCCAACUUCCCUCGCCGUGUCCUGCCCUGCCUCCCUACAGAGGAGUGGCCCAACCCCCCCACGCUGCAGGAGGCCGGACUCAGCCACACGGAAGUCCUCUUUGUGCAGGACCUCACGGACGAUUGACACUUCUUUUUGGUUUUGUUUUUGUUUGUUUUGUUGUUUCGUUUUUUUGGUUUUUUGUUUUUUUUUUUCCAGAAGACACAAAACGGAAAGAGAAAUUCAUAUUAUUAUUAUAAUACAAUAUUUUUUUUAAAAGACUGCGUACAAACGAGGGAUCAGAGACCACAUGGCCUGUGCCAGCUGUGCUGCGUGUGUGCGCUGGCGAGAGGACGCGUGCGCACGGCCAUCCCCUGCACCGGGGCGGGCACACAGGGGGGAGCUGGUGUUGCCCCUUGGCCCUCCCUGGGGAGGAACAGGAAUGGCAGCUCUUGGUAAUUAUUGCUUUUAUUGAUGACAAUAAUAAUAAAACCCCAGCAACCCAACAUCUCGUGAAGAUUUGAUACUCUGCUGCUCCUGAGAGACACAGGACCGAGCACCGGAAUGUGCUGGAAGUGGGGUGGGGGGGUAAGGGCUGGACAGACUCUCUUCAGCUUCCCUCUGUGUAUAAAUACUGUUCUUUUAAUAUUUCUCUUGCUUUGUAAUGACCAAAGGAGAUUGGGGUUGACUAUAGUAUUAACUUUUUGAUAAAGAGCUGGUUCGAUUCUUACCCAUGUGGGAUCUUGCCCAGGGUUCUUAGCCUGCGUAGUGUAAUAAACUCUGCCUCUAGCA